GAGAUCAAAUGGAAUUCUAACUUAAUUAAAACUACCUAGGAAUUCAAGUCAAAAUUGGAAAAAGUUUCAAAUAAAAAUAAAAAGGUUGACAUUGUUUGUAAACAUGCCCUUUCAAAAGAAAAUUAGAUGUUUCCUUUUGGGAAUGCUAAAUCAAUAGAUCUGAAACAUCUUUUGAGCGGCAUUUUUAACUCUGCUUUGGAAGGUCAUUCUUCUGCUAAAAGGAUUUAAACAAAAAAUACCCACAAACAGCUCUAUUACUGGUUAAGCAAAAUGUUUCAAAAUCAUUCUCACCAACUGAGAAAAAAAAAAAUUGGAGAGCUUCUCUUUCAUCUUGAUGCAAAUUUACUGUAUGUUUCAUUUCCAAGCCAGGUACUGAACCAGGAUCCAACCCCCAGGUCAUUUGCCCAGUUUCACAUGAAAUUUUUCCUUCCUAUUAGUAGAGAAAGUCCUUCUGGGUUCACACUUUGUAUUACUCUUUAUGAAUACACACACAGUUCUUGUGUGAACUGCAGAGCGCAGCAGGGCUCCGUGCACCAGGGUAUUAUUAAUUUCUGUGCACCAGAGUAUCAUUAAUGGCUCCAUUGCUUUCCUCCCAUCAUCCAAGGUGUUGGCAUCCCUAUUGCUCCCUGGACAGCAAAAGGACAAACAUGCUCUACCUUGAACAGCAGCUGUCCUAGAUCAAGCUCGUGCUGUGCAUGCUAAGCAGAAAUUGGGUCAUUUGGUAUUCACCUUACUUUAUGAGCAGGGCCCAAAUCAACGCCCGCUAUGUCACAUUCAUGAUAGAAAUUAUACCUUAUUAGAGUCAGCCAAGGCUUUAUUCAAAUAUAUUUAUAGAAAAUAUCCAUAUGCAGUGUUACCAGAGAUUUUCAUGCAAAUUACUAUGAUAGUUGAAACCUUAUUAGAGUAUGCCAUUUGCAUUCUGUGGAGUGAGUUUUUAGCAUGGUCCUGGCCUGAUUUGUAACUACAGCAGAUAUGGUCUAGCAAUUCUAUAUCAGGAUUACCUUCCCCAGAAGGGCAGACUGCCCUGGAAGAAAAUGAGGAAGGAAUAAAAAUAUCGGUAUUACUGGAUCCAAAGCAAUGAAUCCAGAUUCUUUCUGCAUUGCCUUUUAUAUAAACAAAUCUAAAACAGAAGUUCAAUAAUAGGGAAACAAACUAAAUCUGAAUGUCUGCUUUAAUUCCGUAGGAAACAACUUAAAAGCUUUCCUUGAAUUCUCUAGCUAGUAAAUUAGUGCAAAUAUCUAUGUCAGUUAAAAAAUAAGGGAAGGAAAAUUGGGAGGGGAUUGGAAGGGAUUCUUCAGCAAGUGAUGGAUUUCUCUUAAAAAUUUAAAUCUCAAAGGCCAUGACUUUGAUAUGAAGAUUCCUUGUUAAAUCGAGGCAUUGUAAAAGGUGAUUUUUUAAUUCAGUCAAAGAGAAUUUCGAUAAAAGAACUUUCGACUGUUUCCACUAAAUAUCUUUUUCCAAAGAAGAAGGUGGGAUGCAGUAUCAUGAAUCAAGACAUGCAUGUAUGUCCUCUCCUUCAGGCUUGCUUUGACCUGAAGCUCUGCUCACAUCCAUCUUUAUAAAUGCAAAUUCUUAGUUCCCUAAUUUUUUUCAAGGCCGCUGUGUAAUUGGCUCGGUAAAUUUAGAAUCUUGCCUAAUGCUGGAGCAGAUGAAAGCAAGAAAAUCUCCAAAGAGGAAUGCAAACACGUAUAAUCCUUCAAAGGAGGAAACAAUCCAGCGGGCACGGGAGGAAGAUGAGAAGAGGAAAGAAAUAACUAAUCACUUCCAGGGCACGCUGAGUGAAAUCCAGGCUCAGAUCGAGCAGCAGAGUGAGAGGAACAUGAAGCUCUGCCAGGAGAACACGGAGCUGGCCGAGAAGCUGAAGAGCAUCAUAGACCAGUACGAGCUGCGGGAAGAGCACCUUGACAAAAUAUUUAAGCACAGAGAACUUCAACAGAAACUGGUGGAUGCCAAGUUGGAACAGUCUCAGGAAAUGAUGAAGGAAGCCGAGAAGCGACACCAGAAAGAGAAGGAAUAUAUCACUCUGUACUCUGAAAGAUUUGAAGAAUUUCAGAAAACCUUGGCCAAAAGCAAUGAAGUGUUUGCCACAUUCAAACAGGAGAUGGAAAAAAUGACAAAGAAAAUGAAGAAGUUAGAAAAGGAUACUGCUACAUGGAAAUCCAGGUUUGAGAACUGUAACAGAGCAUUACUGGACAUGAUUGAAGAGAAAGCCAUGAGGUCCAAGGAAUAUGAGUGCUUUGUGCUGAAAAUCCAGAGACUAGAGAACCUCUGCCGUGCUCUGCAGGAAGAGAGAAAUGAAUUGUACAAAAAAAUAAAGCAAGCACAGUUCCCAGAAGAGGUGAAUGGAAACGGCAUCUUAGAAGAAGAAGAAGAAGAAGAAGAUGAUGAAGAAGGUGAUACUAAAACAACGCCUUCCCCCUCUGAGCAGGAGAGCAUUGAGCUGCAUGAGAGUGACAAGAGGAUGCUGAAGCAGCUGACUGAAGCUUUCAGGGUGUCCCACAGGGCAGAGGAGUCCCUCCCAAGCAACAGCAGCAAUCCAGAGCCCUGUGACACUCAAACAUGUAAUGCCAUCCUGGUGCCAGAACCUCCUGCUCCUCUCACUCUACAUUCAGAGGCUGGGAAAACCUGUGAGCAGCCCAGCACGAGCACAGCAGCACCCACUGAAAGUAUGACAGUGCCCACUGAGAACGGGUCAAAGCCCACCAAAAGCACGCCCUCACUUCCAGACAGGGUGCCAACACCCACAGAAAGUGUGCCAGUGCCUCCUGAGAGUGUGCUUGUCCCCACUGGGAACAUGCCAAUGCCCACUGAAAGCAUGCCAGCAACCCCUGAAAACGUGCCAACCCGCACACAAAGCACACCCAUCUCCCUUGGGAAUAUACCAGUACCCAUUCAGGGCCCACCAAAAGAUGCAGAAUGUGUGGAUGGCCCAGCAGAUAGAUCUGUCCAGGGGCAGUCUGAGAAGCAAACAGGGGACACAGACAUGGAAGCAGUGGAUUGAAGACACCAUGUGCCCAGGCUUGUCUUCUGCAAACCAGAGCUCUGCUUUGUCCUCUAAAUGGAUACCUUUUUUUUUUUUUUAAGAAACAAAAAUUGUUUCCUAAAACACACUCAUGUAUUUGUAUGCAAAUGUAACGCACUUCUCUUUGCUACCACUAUCCAGUAAUAAUGGGUCUGCAAAUUUUGCAGUCCUUCAUCUGCUUGAAGUAUAAUACUUUCUUAAUGACAUGGAAAUACAAUGAAAUCACAGGAUCUCUUUUUCCCAGGCAUGAUGAGUCAUCUCAUUCAGGAAAAUAAUUUUAGUGUUGCACUUCCAUGUUUCAAAAAAUGAUGCAAUUCUCAUGCAUAUAUUUAAAGACUCAUAAUUAAUUCUAUCUAUUUAUUUUGAUAUUGCAUAAAAGGUGGCCUACUUGGACACACUAUGAUUUUAAUAAAUUAGGUGAAAGGAAUCUCUAAUUACAAAGUAAAAUACUGAAACUAUAAAUGUGGUCAGCCAUAUCCAAGGAGUGGUGCAACAGCCAGAGGUAAAUUUUUGGGCAAGGAAAUCGCCACUCAGCACUGUAACCUAAACACCCACAAGCUUUCAGCCUUAACUUCCAUUGAUCUUUUCUGCUCAGUCUCCUAGAAUAGGUUUUGUUUUCAACAGAACUACAGGGAAAGGGAAAAGAUCUUUUCUAGAUUCACAUAAAAUAAUUGAAAACAGCAAUUUCCAAACUGAUGGCAAUUUCCAAGGUAGGGGGUCACAAUUCUCUUUCUACAUCCAACAGAAAACUGCUACAUUAUCAUACUACUUGGAAUCACAAGGAUUAUGCCUGUUUCCAGCACACAGACGAGGUGAGAAGAUGAGAAGCAGGUUGCAGAUCCCAGUUUCUAGGCAAGGAGCAGAAAGCAGAGUGGAAGGUACCAGGAUGUAUUCCAGAAGAAUACAGAUGAAUAAUCCUGAGAUCAUGCUUCUGGAUGGUGCUGUCACUCCCAGUUACAGCCACAUGAACCACAGCUUCCUCCUGGCACUGCUGCAUGGGCCAAUGCUCCCAGGAGAAGGAUGAGGACUCACCUGUCACCCCAUUCUGGAAGCAGAGCACAAGUCAAUAAGCCAGAAGCAAAGAGGAACCAGGAAAGCAGGAAUUCCUCUCACAGACACCUCCAGGGGCUGGCUACAUCCCCGUCCCUUUCUUGUCUAACCGGCUCUUCCCACCUGCCUGCCAACAGCUGCUGCUUAACAAUGCAGCCACCUUGUCUGAAACUGGUUUGUUCUGGUGCCAAGAAGAGCCGUGAAGGAAGGAGCCAAGGGAGGAUACCUACCCAGACAGCUCUACACUCUCAAGCAAGGAGACUAAGUAGGCUUUUCAGAAGGUUGAAAUGUCCCCCCAGGAAUGUCCCCCAGGAUUAUUUUAACCUUCUUUAAGCCUAAGUAGGCUUAAAGAUGGUUAAAAUAAUCCUGGGGGACAUUCCUUGCUUCUCAUCUCUUUCCUCUGAAUUCCACCCAGGUCCUUCAGAAUCUUAGCUGGACAGCUUAAGAAUUUGAAAAGGGCAAUUAAGCAAGAUGUUUAGAGGUUGGAAAGGGAAAUCUUACAACCAAAGAAACCCAUGUUUAUAGAAAAAUCCCGAGAAGACCCCAAAGACAAAGCGACUUGUUCAAGCCAAAGUUGAAGUCCAGGUGAACCAAGAGGAAAGAUGUCACUUUUGACACACUGUGGGAAACAGAGUCCUUCCAGCAUGCCACCCUCCAAAAAUGGGGUUUGAAUCUCUGCUUACUGCCAACAUGGCCCAUACCCUGGUUAAAUAUGUCUGUGAACUGCUUGGUUACAGAGCUGACCCUGGGAGUUUACAGAGCAUAAACUGCAAAUGUGUCUUUGGAUAUGGCCUGUAGUUAUCAUGACUAUGCCUUAUGUUAGAUAACAAGACCUACAGGAUUUAUCUCAUGUCUUUAAUCAUGUGAAAGUAGAUAAUUUGAGUCUUAGUUAUCUUAAGCUCCUUUUAUAAACAGUGGAGAAGGAAAAGCAUCUUUUGAGGACAAGUUAUCCCAUUAUAAGACUGGCAUCCAAGUCAGAAGGAAUUACUUUCUCUCUGAAGAUGAUCUUUCUCUUCAGAUGCUAGAGCCAGCCUAAGACAACUAAUUUAAAUUUAAUACGUCUAUUGUUAGGUAUCUAAAUUAGGCAACAUGAAUUCCAUCAAAUAUUCAGAUUCAAAGCCCUAAGCGAAUGGCCAUCUCUGAAAACCAAGCCAGUUAUGUGCCUGUGAAAACAUUAAUGUAUAACAAAUCUGUAUCCUAAGACAAACAGUUAUACUCACCUGAUACACUUAUUUUUAGUUUCCAUUGACUUAAGUUGGUAGAAGUAUAGUUUCUGUUACAAGUUUUGUUUGUUAUCAGGGUGACUUUUACAAUUAAUGCAAUUUAGAUACUUGUUAAUGUGUUGGGGGUUUUAAUUCUUGAUCUUGUUUGAUUCUGUUGCCAUUUUAGUAACCACCUGCAUGAAACAAACUCCUUUUUCUUUAAAGAUGCCCUUAUUUUUCUUCAAAUAGCCUUCAGUUGUUGAUGUUUUCUUAUACAUUCAAAUAUUUAUGCAAUAAUAAUGGCCUUACAACUUUAGGUUGGUUCCAUUUUACAUAAUCAUUAUGGUCACAUCUUUAAUUAUGUAAUUCAUGUCUCAUACCUUCCAGCUUCAGCAAGCAGGGAGACAAGGAUCCUGCAGAUAAAAACUUCCUACAUAGUUAUGAUUUAUUCUUACAGCAUCAUUCCUCAUGAAUAAAUACACAGCCUUCUGGGAAAAUUACUCCCACUCUCUUCCACCUUCCUCAUUUUUGCCCUUGAAAUUCUAACACUGCAAAAUUCUAACAUUCAAAUACUUGCAGCUCCUAUUACUAUGAGUUUCUCUCACAUACCUGUUGCUUCUCUUCUUUUCUCAUGUACCAACUGUAUUUUAUCCCAGCAGUUUCCUCCUCAUUUUCAGUAUGUAUGCACACAUACAAUACUGAAAGCACAGAAGAGUGACCUCCAUAGCUUUUAGUUUCAGGAUUUGGCUUCAUGUGUUUACAGGAGAUGAGAAUUGCAGGGGAAAUUCUGCCUGAUCCCAGGCUCCAUAGAGUAUUUAGUCAAACUAUGGAGAUGGUUUGUGUAAUCUCAUGGCCUGUAGAGCUGUGGAAAGCUGGAGUACCCUCACUAGAAGUGGAAAAUCUGUAAAAUUUAACCAAGCACGUCUUUAUCAUCCACUGCAUCAGACCAGAAGAUUAAAUCACCAUCACAGAUUUCUGUGUGCUAACCUGGAUUCUCUCACUCUUCUUCAACAUUAAUUCCUGGCCUCCCUUGCUCUUUUCUUCCACUGGUACCCAAUAUAAAACUGACUAUGCACAGCAUCCUAGUGAAAAGCCUUUGGGAUGGCAGUCUGCCCAACAGCUCUGCUGCUCUUCCUCAGGUGCCUCUGCACUCAAGGCACAGAAACCCACACUUCUGUGGGUUUCACACUCAUUUGGAGGCAGCAAGUGGCAGUGAGACCUGCCUCCCCAGUGUCCAUUGUUAUCAUCAUUAUUCUAACCUGGCAGUGUCAUCAGUCCUGGUGUGCUCUGUGGUUGCCUCCCUCAGUCUUGCUUUUAUUUCACAGAGUUAUUCCCUUAUCUCCAGGCACAGAUUUGGGGGUGAGGAGAGGUGGUGAUGGCAGCUAUUUCUUCCUUACUAAGAAGCAACAGCUUUUUUAAAAUCAGCAUCUGCUGACAUUCAUUUGGUUUCUGGAAUUUCUGUUUUCUCAGGUUAGGUGGUCCAGGUGCCCUAUGGCUGACACUGGAAAGCUUCAGCCUACACACUGCCAGCUAGUUCAGGUGCUGAAAAACAAAGUUGCAAGCUGAACACACCUCCAGUGUCACAGCCAAUCCUACACAGAAAAGAACCUUAAGUCCCAAGUGUCAAGUGCUGCUAGUCAUUAUGCUAUCUCUUCCUAUGUGUUUCACACCAGUUUCCAGAGAAAUAAAAAUAAAAUGCCAUCUCUGGCAGAAA